AUGGCUACUAUUUGGUUACGUGAAUUAGAACGAGAAACGAAGCGAACUUGUUCAUCUAUGUUUCAAAUGAUGGCUGGAACAUCAAUAGGUGCUAUUAUUGCUGCUGGUUUAUCUAUGCCUAAGGAAAAUGAUCGGACAAUACCAGUUUAUGAUGUUUCUCAACUAGUUGAGCUCUAUAAAACUUGUGGAAGAGAUAUAUUUAUUAAAAAAUCUUGUAUAUUCUGCAACUAUAAUAAAAGUUCUUACUCUUUAGCACCUAAAUAUUCCUCUGAUGGUAAAAGAAACUUAUUUGAACACUAUUUUGGUAAAACUUUAUUAUCUGAAUGUUUAACGGAUAUUGUAAUACCCAUUGUAAGGACUGGCGAUACUAAUACUCAUUUAUUUACAAGAAAUGACAGUUUAUAUUCAAUAAGUUUGAUAGAUGUUCUAAUGGCAACAAUUGCUGCACCUACUUAUUUUAAACCGCAUAUUUUGAAUGAUAUAAAUUGUAUUGAUGGCGGUGUACAAAUGAAUAAUCCAACAAUGGCUGCAUAUACAAAAGCUAUUGAAUAUGGUUAUGAGAAAGAAAAUAUAUUUGUAUUAUCAUUGGGUACAGGUGAUUAUAUAGUAGAUCCAUUGAAGCCUAAUGAUCAUCCAAAUAUUAUCUAUUAUUUGAAAAAUCUGAAUACCAUAGCUAAAGUUUUCCUUGAUAGUCAACAACAUAAUGUGGAUUAUCAGAUGAGCAUUUUAAUGAAUGACAAACAUUAUUAUCGGUGGCAAGUAUGGUUCGAAGAAUCUAUUGAAUUAGAUAAAUAUGAAAUAGAUGUAGUAAAUAAAUUAGAAAAUAUGGCUUAUGAAUAUUGGGAAGAAAUGAAAAUCUAA